CUUCCAAUCUGUUGUUUUUUGUUUUGUUUUUUGUUGGUCUUGUUUUAGGUUUUACGUCACAUCGACACAGUAUAGGUCAUAUCGUGACGUUCCAGCUUUACUGGUGGAGGAAGACCUCAGGUGCCCUUCCGUACAUUAUUUCAGGCACGAACGGGCACCUGAGUAGAACCACCGAAUAUGUUAAAUGAUACUUCACAAUAAUAUCAUAUAAUAUUAUAUAAAUAAUUUUUGCUUAACAAUUCAUGUGCUUUCUUUGCCAGAAACAGAAUAAUAAUUAUAUCAAUUUUAAAGAAAUUUAAAACACUACAGAAAAACAAAAUCGUUGUAAAGUGUUACAAUUAAGAUUAUUAAUUAAUAUUAAUCCAUAUUUAUAACACUUUAUGAUACUUGACAUACUUAGUAAUAUGUAGUAAUAUGUAUCCUUUCUUUUUAUUAACAAAGUGCAUACAAACUUUUUAUUUAUGCAGACGCAAUAUACACAUUUUAUCUCCUUAUUUUGAGGACAAUUUGCAAAAAAGAGAAAAGAACCGAAGGGUUGAAUACCUUAAACAUUUGGUGUAUUGCUCUUGCCUUAUAUAGGAUUCAAAACGAUAUACAUGUAGUAUUAAACAAACACGUGGCUAGCUCGAUAUGGACGAGUUUUUUUAUCUUAAUGUUUGUCGGCAUUGCAUAUAAGACCGUACCAAGCAUUCAUGCUUUUUCGAGUAAACCAUAAGUACAUACAUACAUGAUUGAUCAAAACUGCCAAUCAUAUACUCGCAAUACCAAGUAAUAGUUUUACAAUCUAAUCAGUAUCUCGAAACUUUUUGGCGAUAUUUUUGAAUUAAGGAAUAUCGGUUUGGACACAUAAUCAAUGUCAACACUGCCAAAUGUUUAUAGGUCAAACUAGAAAAUCUGAAUAUGCAAUUAAGCAAAUUAUCUUCGGAAUAAGAUGAAAUUCUUUUUAUUGACAUUCCGUAGUUUCUAUCAUAAUAUUGUUUACUUGUGAAUAAAAGGUAAAAAGGCAAAAGUUAUAGUUCUUCUGUUCCUUUUUGGGUCGAUUGUGUACAAUCGAUGCAAAGGUAUAACUACCCCUGUACAGGCAAACAAUCGCAAUUCCAAACAAUCGAAACUCUGCCUUUCCAUUUCACGAGAUACGGUAUUUUUGCACCGCACUAACGCACUAUUUCUUAUUGCCAACCGAAUUUCGUUGACAAAGAAAAUAGUUCCGUAUGUUCGGUAACAAGUUAGAAAAUAGAUUCAUGCAUUGAAUAUAGAAGGGGUUGUCAUACAUUUCGAAUUGUAUUACAUUAUCGAAAAUAACAAUUUGGUUUAAAUUUGUACUGUGCGCAGAAAUUAUAUAAAUGCGCGAGCGAGUGAAUCACGUGACUGGCUUUUCAAUGACGCCAUUUUUAUUCAACAGCCAGAUUGAAACGCAGUUUCGACUCCGUUAUUUGACACAGAUAUCAGAAUAUUUUGAAGAAAUUGUAAGUAUCGGAUACUCAUACAGAGAGUUUGACAAUUAUACCUCGAUUAAACAAAAUAAAUUGUCCCAGAAUGAGCAUGGCGUGUGAUUAUUGAAGAUUUGUUUCUGUGACAGAAUAUCAUAAUUUUCGAACGCAGACUACAGCAUAAAAAGGGAUGUUUAGUUCAGCUACAUAUGAUGCUUUAAAAUCCAAAUAAAUUGUGUAUUUGACAAUUGAAAUAAAGAUAUCGUUUAGGCUACCGAAAAUUUUAAUAGAGUUAAUAGAGGAAUUGUGACUUUUUGUAAAAACUAUUAUAUCAAUGUAUGUAACAUUUAAGUACGAGGAGGUAAUUUUCAACUCGGCCCCAAACCAACUCGGUCCGCAACAAAAAAGAAACCACUUUAGAUUGUUUAGUUGAGGAACAUCCAGCGGUAGAUCACAUAUACUAAAAAAUUGAUAAGUGUGUUAUAUGACAGACUGUUGUGUGAGGUUUUGAUUGUGACGUGGUUAUUGUUUUAUGAGAAGACGUAGUACUGUAUGCUGUAUGUUAUAUGACAGACUGUUCAGGUUUUGAUUGUGCCGUGGUUAUUGUUUUAUGAGAAGACGUAAAACUGUAUGCUGUUUGUAAUCGUAGACCUGUGUGUAGGUAUGGUAAUGACACAUUCAGUUGUUUACAAAGUAACCUUGUAGACAGUAUUCCUUUGCAAAGUGUCUUCAGUCUUAUUACUGUUCGGUAAUAUGGGGUUGUACAAAACAAGUGAUGGUAAUCUUGCAGCCAAAGUAGAUCAGUCUGCAGUUAGUUUCAGCAGCAUAUUUUGAUGAAGGUUCAGCCAUGACAUUGAAGCAUAAUAUUUGGUGAAUUAUGUAGGCCAUAAGGUGAUUUAUUUAAUUACAGAUGCUAUGCAAAUGAUCUGUAAGGAAGAAGAUAUAUAUUGAAGGAAAAGUCAUUCAGCAAAAUUACAUGAAAAUGGCGAUUCGGUUUGAUUGAGUCUGCACAUGAUUGAUAAAGUUCAACAUCCCUCACGUCCCUAGCACCGGCUUUAGUGGUACUCAUUUUUCAACACUUAAACAGUGCUGAAAUCAUUGAACACGAAGGUCAAGAAAAAUAUAGCAACAUUGAACUGAAGUACUGGGUAACUUUUUAAAGCUGCCACACAAUAUUUGACGCCUGCUGUUGUGAAGUAUGAAUAUGAGGAUAAAGUGUGAUCCCUCGGAAGCAUUAAUCAGACACAAAUUACAUGAAAAUAAGAUACUCGGAUAAAGGCGCAAACGUUGUGAUUCAGAAAACGGACAGUUCAGGUAAUGAACAUGCUUGCUCAUGUGGUAGAAGUCUAACGUUAACUUGUACGUUGGAAGAGCAAAAAUUUGCUGUGGCAUGGAUGAAUGCGAACGAUAUAACACCAAUUGCACAAUGUGUCAAACAAUCAUGCAAAUUAAAUCCCGCUUAUUUAGGACAGUACACGUUCUCAUCUGAUGCGGACCGGAAUAUUUUCAAUUUGACGAUAAUAAAAGUGACUAAGAAAGACGAUGGAAGAAAAUUGGUGUGUUCUGAUGGAUCAAAUAUCGAUUCUAUAAUUUUAAGAGUCAUAGAUUAUGAGCCUCAGCUUUUUGAAGAUACAAAGAACGGGACUAUAAUGGCGAUGUCUGGAUGUGUUUCUCAAAACAGGAAUGUUACUUUUAAAUGGAUUCUAGUAGAUGUCGAUAGUCAAUUGGAAAAAGUCAUACAACCCCAAAUCCUUGACGCAAAUAUGACAAGUUGUUUAAAUAAUUCUGAUUGCACUCAUAAUGACAAAGUUCAGUACACAGAGACUAUUUACGCCAGAGCUAGUAAUUAUGGAAAUUGCUAUGUGAAAGUCGCAGCUUUUUACGGGAAUGAACGUAAAGAGACACCUAAUACUGCUGUGAAAUACUUAUUUGAAGAACAGGAUAAUAAAAGUUCAAAUGGUCCUAACAGUGCAAUUGUCGCUGGAGCGGUUAUUGGCGUUAUUGGAUUUGUGUUUGCUAUACUCAUUUGUUUCUACAAAAGACAUAAAACAAAGUGAGUUUACAGUCAAUUU